AUGUUGGUGGAGGAUCUUGCUCUUGCUGGACGGCCAGUCACACUCGACGACCAGAACCUGUAUGUGUUCCGUGGUCUGAGGCCGGAGCUCCGUCCCUUGGGUGCUCCAUUGACCCGUGGUGCUCCGGUCACCUUGACGGAGCUAUCCGAUUAUUUGGUGUCGCAGGAAUUUAUUUGUGCUGAUGACGGUGGUGCUCUAGUGGCUAUGGCGGCGAGGCGAGGUCGCGGUGGUCGGGGAGCUGGCGGCCAGUCGCGCGGCAACAGUGACUCCGGUGGUGGCGGUCGUGGUCGUCACGGUCGUGGGCGUGGCAGAGGACGCAACCAAACUGUGCGGUGUCAGCUUUGCAAUAGUCAAGGCCAUUCUGCUCUUUCCUGCUUUCGCCUGAGCCAGUACGCGUCAAACCCGAGUCCGCAGGCGCAUAUGGCCUAUUCGGCCGGUGAUGGUGGUUCGGAUGGGCCGCACCAAUGGUUCCCGGACACCGGGGCUACGAACCAUGUUACUCCGGAUGCAUCCGUGCUCUCUUCGGCUACUCCGUAUUAUGGUUCUGACACUCUACGGGUCGGCAACGGUAUAGGUCCGGCUCCGGAGGUGCCGUGGGGUGUUGCUCCUGUUCCACUUUCUCACCCUGUUACGGCGGAUGAUUCGGAUGAUGUUGUUGAGCCGCCCGUGGUUGAUUCGGAUGUUGUUGGUUGUGGUGCUACGGAUAGUGAGCGCACGGUCACGGCUCCCGUGCGUGGUCGGUCGCGCCGUGCAGCGCGGCUGCUCUGCCCUGGUCUCAUGUGA